CCGGGCCGGCGCUGGGCGCGCACUACUGACGUCACCGACGCACUUCCGGCAGCCGACCCGUGACCAUGGAAACCCAUAGUUUACAUCCAGCUGCCGAGAUUGACAGCGAAAGCAAGAACUGCGGAACGUCAGCAGGAUGAGCGCCCGGAGCAGCACCGUGAAAGUGUUUGUCCGUUUCAGGCCGACCCCAAACUUCGCUCAGGAUAAAAUCCGGCUUGGAGAAGACCACAAGACCGUCGAAAUUCACGUUAAGAAAGAUGAGAAAUUCGGCGUUGUCAACAACAAGAGAUCUGAUUGGUCCUUCAAAGUCGACGGCGUUCUCAACGAUGCCUCGCAGGAUACCGUUUACAACGUUGUGGCGAAAUCUGUGGUCUCCAAAGCCUUGGAUGGUUAUAACGGUACAAUUAUGUGCUACGGACAGACAGGAGCCGGGAAGACGUUCACCACGACUGGAUCCAUGGAAAACUACCAGCACCGGGGAAUCAUCCCCAGAGCGCUACAACAGGUCUUUAAGGAGAUUGAAGAGCGAAGUGAUCUGUCGGUGACCGUGCGCAUCUCGUACCUCGAAAUCUACAACGAGACUCUCUCUGAUCUCCUGGCGACCUCGCCUGACGUUCCGGUGCCUGACCAGCUGACCAUCGUGGAUGACCCCCAGGGAGUCUGCGUCAAGGGCUUGUCCGUCCACCUCGCCGGCACCGAAGAACACGCCUUGAAUCUUCUCUUUGAGGGGGAAACAAAUCGCAUCAUAGGGUCUCACAUCUUGAACAAAACCUCCUCCCGGUCCCACUGCGUUUUCACCGUCCAUCUGGAGUCUCAUUCCAGAACGUUAUCGGACGCCAAAUACACCGUCUCCAAAAUUAACCUGGUGGAUCUCGCGGGUUCGGAGCGCGUCGGCAAAACAGGGUCUGAAGGCCAGGUCCUGAAGGAGGCCGCUUACAUCAACAAGUCCCUGACGUUCCUGGAGCAGGCCAUCAUGGCGCUGAGCGAGCGCGGCCGCGAGCACGUCCCCUUCCGACAGAGCAAGCUCACUCACGCCCUGAGGGACUCGCUGGGGGGAAGCUGCAGCACAAUCCUCGUGGCGAACGUCUACGGAGAAGCGGCUCAGAUUGAUGAGACUCUCUCUACUCUGCGCUUCGCCUGCAGGAUGAAGUGUAUCCCGGUGGAGCCCGCGGCCGUGGAGCGGUACAACCCUCUGAGAGUGAUUAAAAAUCUGCAGAAGGAGGUCGAGCAUCUGAAGCGGGAGCUGGCUGUCCACGACACUUUGGCCGGCCGGACUCGCGUCACCCACGAGCCGUUUAGCGAGGCCCAGAUCGCGGAGAUGAACUCCCAGGUGCGCAGAUACCUGGACGGGACCCUGGAGGAGAUCGACAUCAGAAACCUUCGGCAGAUCCAGGAGAUUUUUUCCCAGUUCCGGCUGAUCUGGAGCAAACAGGAGCAGGAGGUGGAAUCCAGACUCCGACAGAAAUACCCCCUCAUAGACAAGAGCGACUACCCCGCGGUGGCCGGUGCUCAGAAGGCCGGCCUGGUAGACGCCGACGGACAGCUGGUUGGUGAUCUGGACGGUCGCAGUUUUUCCGUUGGAGCCGCUCCUCACUCAUCGAAACCAAGCAGCUCUCUGUCCGCACGAAAGCCCAAGAGCCGGAAGUCCAAGGAGACCAGUCCCACGAGCAGAAGAGAAGGUGCCGCGAGUCCCAGUCCUAGCAGAGAUCAGGAACCCGCCUCGCUAGCCAAGCCCAGCCUGACGAGCGUCUCCACAAAGGAGCUGGAGGCAACGGUGAAAGAGCUGGAGACGGCGGCCCCCGACGGACAGCCCCCGGAUCAACCAACCAAGGAGGAGACCAGCGCUCCCGGCACCCCUCCCCCUAAACAGGCAGCUUUCGAAGACUUUAAAGCCGACCGAGGGAGCGAACUCCACGCGAUCUUUAAGGAGAACAAAACCAUCUUGGCUGACAGAAGGAAGAAACUGAAAGAGAUCACCCAGCGGAUAAACAUGAUCAAGCGAGAGAUCGAUGUGACCUCCCAGGAUCUCAAUGUUACAAAACUGGAGCGUGAGAAGCAAGGAGAGUAUAUCAGCAGCGAAGGACAGGUGAUAAUCGACGAGAAGGAGUUCAUGCUGAUCAUCCGGCUGAAGGACCUGAAGAAGCAGUACCGGGCAGACUACGACGAGCUGCAGGACCUGAGGGCCGAGGUCCAGUACUGCCAGAAGCUGGUGGACCGGUGCCGGCAGAGGCUCUUCACAGAGUUUGAGUGCUGGUACAACGAGUGUUUCGUCAUUCCGGAGGAGCUGCAGACUUCGCUGAAGGGGAGCGUCCGCCCGGGUCUCCUUCCCCUCCGUAAGGUGAUGUCGCUGGGGGAAGAUGAGCAGGAGAGGAACGACGAGCUCCAGAAAGAGCUGUUAAUGGAGGUUCCCGGCGCCCUCGCCUUCCACGCGGCAAAAAUCAAAUCCGACCAAAAGCACAAUUACAGCAAAGCCGUCGCCCGACUCCCUGCGGCCAAGAGGCGGCCGGGGCUGAUCACCGCCAGCAUGAAGAACAGACCUCCAUCCACGCUGGUGGCCGUGUGAGGGCCGGGCGAGGGCCGCGGGAGACCCAACGUGAGGCGCGCCGCAGCCGUCUACUUCAGACAGAUCGUAUUUUUAUAUUUUGCCAAGAAA